AUGCGUAUGCCCCGCCUGUUCACCUGUCUGCUUGUACUGUCAGUGGCCAGCAACGUCGUCGGUGUAUUAACGCGCUGCUUUGGCCACUGUCAGUGCGAACGUAUGGAAGGCGUGGUCAACUGUGCCGGCCGUGACUUGACCACAGUGCCUACACUUCGCUCCCCGGAAAAGUGGGUACAGAUUGUCUUGUUCCAGAAGAACAGACUGUACGGCGUCCCAUACACCGCGCUAGCCCACUUUUUCCCACGGCUGCGGCUGUUUGAUGUCCGUGGAAAUCCGAUCCUGGAUUGUCGUGAGCCUCCGACCGUAAACUUUACGGUCUUGUCAGACUGCGGCCGGCUCCCUAGCACUGCCACGACGACGGUGGCGCUGAACACGACUGAUUCGGGCACGGGUAUAUCGCCCAGCAGCGCUGCGACAUCCAUUGCCACCGACCAUGGUCCUGUUCCAAUGACCAAGCCGCCGGCCGAGGAUCCCGACUCAGCGUUUAGUGCGCCCAAUGUGGUGUACGCCAUCAUCGGUGUGCUUGCGUUUAUCGCGGCCAUAUCCACUGCCGUGGUGAUAGUUCGACGCCGUUGCACCGUGGCUCCUCUGGCACAAGCUCUAAGCAACGAGAGCAAUGAAAUGUCGAUGGAUGAUUCCAUGGAGAUCCCGGAGCUGCUGCCCGUCUCAACUGGGCUACCCCGUACCACACCCCCAUCGUCUACGGAGCAUGUGAUCCGUCGUAAGAUUGGUAAACCACUGACCACGGACAUCGGGGACAGCGACUCCUCCGACGAAGAAGGGAAUGCCACUCCACAGCCCAAAGCCGGCACAUCCGGACACAGUGAGCACGACACUCCCGCACAGACCGGAGACGAGGCGUCGAUGAGCACACUGGCGGCCGUGAACCGUAUGAUAAGCACGGUUCGUACUCCAACGGCUGAUAGUGUGGAGCUAGCCGGCGAUGAAGGAGCAGACGAAGCGGACGCGGCAGCCAACCGGGCGGAUUUGGAGGAAAUGGGUGUUGGAGAGGAGCCCGAGGCCGGUAUGGACGCCGCUGUGGAGUCGAAUGCCGCGGAAUCUGACGAAGAUGCACUACAUAGUAGUGCCAGUGGUACGACUGCUGAAUGUGGUGCGCGUGCAGUGAGUGCAGCUGGCUCGUCGACGCGUGCGCCGGACCCGGACCGCAUUUUGACCCGUCGACUUGGACGCGAAGCCAUGCGGAAACUUCGCGAACGAAUGAAUUCUGUUGAGUUAAUUUGCGGUCGCAUGGCAUUUCAGCGCCUCGUGCGGGAGAUCAUGGAAAGCAUGCGCCCGGACUUUUCAAUCCACUCCGCUGCGCUAUUUGCCUUACAGGAAAAGACGGAGUUCCUCUUUAUUAAGAUUUGCGAGAAGGGCGCCGCAGCGGCUGAUCAUGCACAGCGCGUGACCGUGAUGCCGCGGGAUCUUGACCUUGCUCAAUAUGCACGGGAGCAAAACUGGCGCAACGAUCCCCGGUUCAGUCCAGAAGGUGGCAUUAAUAAAUAUCGGAACUAUCAGAAGCAGCGCCGCCAAAACCUGUAUGUACCAGCUGCCGCACCACAGCGUUCUGCAACGGCCGUAGCCGUGAAACCAACCGGCCACGCUGGGUGGAAGCGUCCUUUGGCGCUGGAGUCGUCUGACGAAGAUGAAGAAGUCGCGCCGAUCCCGACCAGUCCGACUCCGUGCACGCGUGGACGUGGUAUGCAGCCUGCACGGGCCAUUCGUGGGCGUGGAAAAGGUGUGUCGACCCGCGGCCGUACGGCUGCCGCUGAAGUGCAGCGCACUCGAUCCCCAAGUAGAGCCCCGGGAACUGCCGUCUGCUCGCGCGGGGUACGACGUGGACGUCCAGCACGUGGAGCGCGUGGAUCUCGCGGUACACGAACAACCGCACCGGUUCAUCGACGAACACCGAGCCCAACCCCACCGCGCUCUGUUCAACCAGUGCGUCGUGGUGCCGGGGGUGCAAAACGUAUCUGCCUGGGACGGCCUAAUGGGGUGAAUCCCAGCCAGCCGCCAACGCCACAUCCACAGCCCCGUAUAGCCAUCGGCCCGCCAGGUUCAGCGUGCUCACCAUCGUUCUUGGCAAGUCGCCGAGCGUAUGACCGUGCGAUAGCGGCGCACCGGCGUCGCUUCGCUGAAGAACGUGCUGCACGUAGUGGACAGCGCCCAGCCGCUGCGCAAGAUCCUUCGUCAUCAUCGUCUUCGGCAUCGUCUGACCAACCAAGCAACGCCAGCAUUGAUUUCAUCCGGCCCCGUGAAGCGGAGGGUCCCGCCGAGGGUAUGCAGUUGUUGGGUGGCGUUCGGAAGCCAAACGGUGUUGUUGUUGCUGUGGACGGCAACAUAACUCGCGUGCCAGCCGGCGAGAUGACUGCGAAGCAGUUCCAUAAUCGACAACGUUUGUUCUAACCUGACGUUGAGUGGAACAGCGAUGUGGACGGAACGCGGAAUUCGGAAUGAGUGGAUGCCUAAAUGUUUUGUUUUUCUUCGUUAAUGCAUCGGAGUGG